ACUGGCAGCGGAGGUGCUGCUCCCCGCCGCCGCCUCCCCGCCGGUGAGAGCGAGGAGGGAGGGAAGAUGGGGGCCGUCCUGCGCAGCCUACUCGCCUGCAGUUUUUGUUCCCUGAUGCGAGCUGCUCCGCUACUUCUGUAUGCGAAUCGCCGGGAUCUGCGGCUGGUGGAUGCUGCCCAUGGCAAGGAGAACGCCACGGUGAUUGUGGGGGGACUGGAGGACGCGGCUGCCGUGGACUUUGUGUUCCUCAAGGGCUUGAUUUAUUGGAGUGAUGUCAGUGAGGAAGCCAUCAAACGGACAGAGUUCAAUAAAUCUGGGAGUGUACAAAAUGUGGUCGUUUCUGGACUUCUGUCGCCUGACGGGCUGGCCUGUGACUGGCUGGGGGAGAAGUUGUACUGGACAGAUUCAGAAACAAAUCGGAUUGAGGUUUCUAACUUAGAUGGAUCACUGAGGAAAGUUUUGUUUUGGCAAGAAUUGGAUCAACCCAGAGCAAUCGCCUUAGAUCCUGCAAGAGGGUUCAUGUACUGGACAGACUGGGGAGAAGUGCCAAAGAUAGAGCGAGCCGGGAUGGAUGGUUCAAGCCGCUCCAUUAUCGUUAACACGGACAUAUAUUGGCCAAAUGGACUGACAUUGGAUUAUGAGGAGCAGAAACUCUAUUGGGCAGAUGCUAAACUAAAUUUCAUCCACAAAUCAAAUUUGGACGGAAGUCAUAGGCAAGCAGUGGUUAAAGGCUCCCUUCCACAUCCCUUUGCUUUGACACUGUUUGGGGACACGUUGUACUGGACUGACUGGAACACACAUUCGAUCUUGGCCUGCAGCAAGUACUCCGGGGAGGACCUGCGUGAAAUACAUUCCAACAUAUUCUCUCCCAUGGAUAUCCAUGCCUUCAGCCAGAAGAGGCAGCCAAAUGCUACAAACCCAUGUGGAAUUAAUAAUGGUGGCUGCUCCCACUUGUGUUUGAUGUCUCCUACCAAGCCCUCUUAUCAGUGUGCAUGUCCCACUGGUGUGAAACUUCUUGAGAAUGGAAAGACCUGCAAAGAUGGUGCCACUGCCCUGCUGCUCCUGGCCCGCCGGACGGACCUGAGGCGCAUUUCCUUGGACACCCCUGACUUCACGGACAUUGUGCUGCCACUGGAGGACAUCCGCCACGCCAUCGCCAUUGACUUUGAUCCACUGGAAGGAUACAUCUACUGGACAGAUGAUGAAGUGAGGGCCAUCCGCCGCUCCUUCCUCGAUGGCUCAGGCAGCCAAUUUGUGGUCACUGCUCAGAUUGCACAUCCCGAUGGCAUCGCUGUUGACUGGGUGGCCCGGAACCUGUACUGGACGGACACCGGCACAGACCGCAUCGAAGUCACGAGGCUUAAUGGGACCAUGAGGAAAAUCUUGAUAUCAGAAGACCUGGAAGAACCAAGAGCUAUUGUGCUGGAUCCCAUGGUUGGGUAUAUGUACUGGACUGACUGGGGAGAAAUCCCAAAGAUUGAGAGGGCAGCACUGGAUGGCUCAGACAGAAUUGUGCUUGUGAACACCUCGCUUGGCUGGCCAAAUGGGUUGGCACUGGAUUAUGCAGAAAGCAAAAUAUACUGGGGAGAUGCAAAAACAGACAAAAUAGAGGUCAUGAAUGCUGAUGGAACUGGUAGGAGAGUCCUGGUGGAGGACAAGCUGCCUCAUAUAUUUGGAUUCACUCUUUUGGGAGACUACAUUUACUGGACAGACUGGCAAAGGCGCAGCAUUGAACGCGUGCACAAGUGCACAGCAGAAAGAGAGAUCAUCAUCGACCAGCUGCCUGAUCUGAUGGGCCUGAAAGCCACCAACGUCCACCAGAUCAUUGGUACAAACCCCUGUGCAGAAGACAACGGCGGCUGCAGCCACCUGUGUCUGUACCGACCACAAGGCCUUCGCUGCGCCUGUCCCAUCGGCCUGGAGCUCAUCAGUGACAUGAAGACCUGCAUCGUCCCAGAAGCUUUCCUGCUCUUUUCCAGGAGAGCAGACAUUAGACGCAUCUCUCUAGAAACCAACAAUAACAACGUUGCUAUUCCACUCACUGGAGUCAAGGAAGCUUCUGCUCUGGAUUUUGAUGUGACAGACAAUCGCAUUUACUGGACUGACAUUUCACUGAAGACCAUCAGCAGAGCAUUUAUGAAUGGCAGCGCGCUGGAACAUGUCGUGGAGUUCGGCUUGGAUUAUCCCGAGGGCAUGGCUGUGGACUGGCUGGGGAAGAAUUUGUACUGGGCUGACACUGGCACAAACCGGAUUGAGGUGUCCAAGCUGGACGGGCAGCACCGCCAGGUGCUUGUGUGGAAAGAUCUCGACAGUCCCCGGGCACUGGCGCUGGACCCUGCUGAAGGGUUCAUGUACUGGACUGAGUGGGGUGGCAAGCCAAAGAUUGACAGAGCUGCUAUGGAUGGCAGUGAGAGGACCACGUUGGUCCCAAAUGUGGGACGUGCUAAUGGCCUGACCAUUGACUACGCCAAGAGGCGCCUGUACUGGACUGACCUGGACACCAACCUCAUAGAGUCCUCCAACAUGUUAGGCCUUGACCGUGAGAUCAUAGCUGAUGAUUUGCCUCACCCCUUUGGCCUGACCCAGUACCAGGAUUACAUUUACUGGACAGACUGGAGCCGGCGCAGCAUCGAACGAGCCAACAAGACCAGUGGCCAGAACCGAACCAUCAUCCAGGGGCACUUAGAUUACGUUAUGGACAUCCUGGUCUUCCACUCCUCCAGGCAGGCAGGCUGGAACGAGUGUGCCUCCAGCAAUGGUCACUGCUCUCACCUGUGCCUGGCAGUCCCCGUGGGAGGGUUUGUCUGUGGCUGCCCAGCUCACUAUUCCCUGAACUCUGACAACAGGACCUGCAGUGCUCCUACCACCUUUCUGUUGUUCAGUCAGAAGAAUGCGAUUAAUCGCAUGGUGAUAGAUGAGCAGCAGAGCCCAGAUAUCAUACUCCCCAUCCACAGCCUCCGGAAUGUCCGAGCCAUUGAUUAUGACCCUCUGGAUAAGCAGUUGUACUGGAUCGACUCUCGGCAGAACAUCAUCCGGAAGGCACAGGAAGAUGGCAGCCAGAGCCUCACUGUUGUGACAAGUCCAGUUCCCAAUCAGAACCUGGAUAUGCAGCCCUAUGACCUGAGCAUUGACAUCUACAGCCGCUACAUCUACUGGACCUGCGAGGCCACCAACGUCAUCAACGUGACUCACCUAGAUGGGAGACCCAUGGGAGUGGUGCUCAAGGGGGAUCAGGAUAGGCCCAGAGCCAUUGUGGUGAAUCCAGAGAAAGGAUACAUGUAUUUCACCAACCUCCAGGAAAGAUCUCCUAAAAUUGAGAGAGCAGCAUUGGAUGGAACUGAGCGAGAAGUCCUUUUUUUCAGUGGUUUGAGCAAGCCUAUAGCCUUAGCUAUUGACAGCCAGCUGGGCAAGUUGUUCUGGGCUGACUCGGAUCUGCGCAGAAUUGAAAGCAGUGACCUUUCAGGUGCUAACAGGAUCGUUUUGGAAGAUUCCAAUAUCUUGCAGCCUGUGGGACUAACUGUAUUUGAGAACUGGCUGUACUGGAUUGACAAGCAGCAGCAGAUGAUUGAAAAGAUUGAUAUGACCGGUCGAGAAGGACGUACAAAGGUCCAGGCCCGUAUUGCACAACUCAGUGACAUCCAUGCUGUGAAGGAGCUCAACCUGCAGGAAUACAGACAACAUCCGUGCUCUCAGGAUAAUGGUGGCUGCUCCCACAUUUGCAUUGUCAAGGGGGAUGGCACCACACGCUGCUCUUGCCCUGUGCACCUGGUGCUGCUGCAGGAUGAGCUGUCCUGCGGAGAACCACCAACAUGCUCCCCUCAGCAGUUCACCUGUUUCACAGGUGAGAUUGACUGCAUCCCAGUGGCCUGGCGCUGCGAUGGGUUCACUGAGUGUGAAGACCACAGUGAUGAGAAGAACUGCCCGGUGUGCUCUGACACCCAGUUCCAGUGUGAGAGUGGGCAGUGCAUCGACAGUGCCCUGCGCUGCAAUGGGGAAGCCAAUUGUCAGGACAACUCGGAUGAGAAGAACUGCGAAGUGCUGUGUUUAACGGAUCAGUUCCGCUGUGCCAGUGGGCAGUGCAUCGGAAAAAGCAAGAAGUGCGAUCACAACCUGGACUGCAGUGACAGCUCUGAUGAACAAGGAUGCUACACAACAGAGGAACCUGCACCACAACCCAACAACACCAUAGGCUCCAUCAUUGGUGUGAUCCUUACAGUCUUUGUGGUGGGAGCAAUGUACUUCAUCUGCCAGAGGGUGCUGUGCCCACGCAUGAAGGGGGAUGGGGAAACCAUGACCAAUGAUUACGUGGUGCACGGGCCAGCCUCGGUACCUCUGGGCUACGUGCCUCAUCCAAGCUCUCUGUCAGGGUCUCUCCCUGGUAUGUCUCGAGGUAAAUCUGUCAUCAGCUCCCUCAGCAUUAUGGGAGGGAGCAGUGGCCCACCCUAUGACAGGGCCCAUGUUACAGGAGCCUCCUCUAGUAGUUCUUCAAGUACCAAAGGCACUUACUUUCCUCCAAUUUUGAACCCACCACCAUCACCAGCUACUGAACGUUCACACUAUACCAUGGAAUUUGGUUAUUCUUCAAACAGCCCAUCUACUCAUAGAUCCUACAGCUACCGCCCCUACAGCUACCGGCACUUCGCGCCGCCCACGACGCCCUGCAGCACGGACGUGUGCGACAGCGACUACGCCCCGAGCCGCCGGGUGCCCACGGCCAAGGGCUACACCAGCGACCUCAACUACGACUCGGAGCCGGUGCCGCCGCCGCCCACGCCGCGCAGCCAGUACCUGUCUGCCGAGGAGAACUGCGAGAGCUGCCCGCCGUCCCCCUACACCGAGCGCAGCUACUCCCACCACCUGUACCCGCCGCCGCCGUCCCCCUGCACCGACUCCUCCUGAGGGGCAGCCCCCCGCCCCGCGCCCUCCGCUCUGCGCUGUAAAUACAAAAGGUUCUGCUGGGGACGGGGGGAGGGAGCCCAGGAUGGGGGAGGACAGUGUACAGUUAAACGUGGGGCGGAGGAACACUGAAGAUAUUUGUACAGAAUAAUUAAAAAAAAAAGGAUAUUUAUAUAUUUUCUUAAACAGCAGCUGCUGCUUGUGCCAUAAGAAGAAUUUUUGUAUAAAAGAACCCAGACGUUUGUACAAAAAGUUUUUAUUUUUGCAAAUGGAACACAAAAACAUGCCUUAAUCCAGUGAAUUGACUGAGCACAUAAGGAAAUGGAAGGACUGGGAUAUGUUACUUGUCCAGCGAGAUGAUCUGUGGGUUUUGUCAAUACCAAAAAUGUUUAAAGUAAUUAAUAAUAAAGAAGUCUGUCUCAGAGCAGCAUACCAUAGAUACUUAGAAGUA